AUGUACUGGGGAAAUUAUGUUAGAAUUCUUUUCACUGUGACUCUGGUCUGGCAGGCGGUUCAUUUAGGAAAAGGUCAUGAAAAAGAAGAACGUGAAGAAGAUGUGAAAAGUCUCAAUGCCACAGCACAAAAGCAGCAGCCCAAGAACGAAGGGACUAUUAUAAAUGCUUUCAGUGACAUGAAUCGGAGUUAUGAAAGCAGAAAGCAACAGAAUUCCAGGGCAUUGGUACCUUUCACUGGGAUUACAGAGAGUAAAAAACUGAACAGACACUGCUGCCAAAACGGGGGGACCUGUAUCCUAGGGGCUUUCUGUGCUUGCCUAAAGCAUUUCACGGGCAGAUACUGUGAGCAUGAUGAGCGCAACUGCGGCAGCAUUGCCCAUGGCGCCUGGGUGCUGAAGGGCUGUUGGCUGUGUCGGUGCGGCUACGGUACUCUGAACUGUCUCUCAGAAAUAAUGCACGAUAACUGUGAACAGAAAUCAGAAAAGGAGGAAAUUACCAGACUAUAUUCUAAUGGCCUAAGAUUACAGCAAACAGUGUUUGCACUCACUUGCCUGCUCACUGUCCUCCUGGAGCUCUGUUGCUGGCAGUUGUGA